AUGUUUCAUGAAGGCACGAAGAUAUUCGAUCUCACUGUCUACGAUCCAGAAUGCAGUACAGAGGAUAAUACUGGGGACCGUCAGCUUGACACCGAAUCUUUGCCUUAUAACGCCAUCAAACAAAUACCUGGCACUCCAAUAAACCGCAAAGGCUCCUUCGAACUCUUUCAUGGCUCCCGACUUCUACGCAAUUUAAAAGGAGAUCACCUCAAUUAG